AUGAAUGCACGUAUAAAGCUAUGGUUGCAGGGACUGGAAUGUGUGACCUGCGCGGCCUUCAGGAGACCCGCAGCCAUUCGUUGUGCCCGGGAGGCCUGCGAGCGACCUAGACGAGCCCUGGACGCAGCGCGGCUCCUGAUUGGCUGCCUCCCGCGCGCUCCGGAGUCCGCGGCCCCCGCGCAGGGCGACUUUGCCGACUCCGAGCCUGAGCGGGAGGUGCGAGCAAAGAAUGGCCGAGUGGAUUCUGAGGACCGGAGGAGCCGCCACUGCCCAUACCUGGAUACCAUUAACAGGAGUGUGCUGGACUUCGACUUUGAGAAACUGUGUUCCAUCUUCCUCUCGCAUAUCAAUGCAUAUGCCUGUCUGGUGUGUGGCAAGUACUUUCAGGGCCGGGGUUUGAAGUCUCACGCCUACAUCCACAGUGUCCAGUUUAGCCACCAUGUCUUCCUCAACCUCCACACCCUCAAGUUUUACUGCCUUCCAGACAACUAUGAGAUCAUCGAUUCCUCCCUGGAGGAUAGCCCUGUGCUAGAGGGUCAAAGGCAUUUUUGUGGAGAAGACAGAUAUAAAAUUAUUUACACAAAUAAUUAUAACGGUACCAUGUUGGCAUACAUUGCAAAGAUACUUCUAUGUUUAGUGACAGCUUUGGAUCUUAUGCUUGGAAGGUGUUCUAAAUCAGAAAUUCAGAAGUUAGGACUAUAUUUUGGAAAUGUUUGCCAACCUGACAGAGUUUGCAUUUUGAUUUCUGUGUGUGCAGCUAUUGUGACUGAUGUGUUCCAGGGGUCCAUGAGGAUCUUCACUAAAAAACUUCCUCAUCCUGAUCUGCCAGCAGAAGAAAAAGAACAGCUGCUUCAUAAUGAUGAGUACCAGGAGACGAUGGUGGAGUCCACCUUUAUGUACCUCACUCUGGACCUUCCCACCGCACCCCUCUACAAGGACGAGAAGGAGCAGCUUAUCAUCCCCCAGGUGCCGCUCUUCAACAUCCUGGCCAAGUUCAACGGCAUCACUGAGAAGGAAUAUAAGACUUACAAGGAGAACUUUCUGAAGCGCUUCCAGCUCACCAAGCUGCCUCCGUAUCUAAUCUUUUGUAUUAAGAGAUUCACUAAGAACAAUUUCUUUGUGGAGAAGAACCCAACUAUUGUCAACUUCCCUAUUACGAAUGUGGAUCUGAGAGAGUACCUGUCUGAGGAAGUGCAGGCCGUGCACAAGAACACCACCUAUGACCUGAUCGCCAACAUCGUGCACGACGGCAAGCCCUCCGAGGGCUCCUACCGGAUCCACGUGCUUCAUCACGUGAGUGGCGCUGACUUCUCGUGCACAGAGGGGCACACACAGCUGGUGUUCCUUUGGCGUCUCAGAGGGCAGCUCCCUUCCGUUUCCCCUUUCUUCACCCUGACCUUGGGAUUCUGCAAGUAAUCAAGAUG